AUGGCUCGUACUAAGCAGACUGCUCGUAAGUCCACUGGAGGAAAGGCUCCUAGGAAGCAGCUAGCCACAAGGUUUGCUGCCCGUAAGUCUGCUCCCACAACUGGAGGAGUGAAGAAGCCUCAUCGUUACCGCCCUGGAACUAUUGCUCUUUGUGAGAUCCGCAAGUACCAGAAGAGCAUGGAGCUACUCAUCAGGAAGCUUCCAUUCCAGAGGCUUGUUAGGUAG